UGGAUCCCCAGCAGACACACCCUCCCUGCAUCUCAGGACGUUUGAAUUGUUGGUCUCAGACUGGUGAGACUCAGAUUUAAAAGAGCCAUUCCUUUUUUAUUUAGCCGACUCUGCAGGGUUCUUUUCGGGAAAAGCAGCUAAGAAGGGACACAGUAUUCGCCAUCUUGAAAGUCUGGAGGAAUCGAGAGGAUAAAAAGAAUGAGCUAUCUGCCUCCUCCGAGGAAGAAAAGUCUCUUCGCUGAUCAGAAAUGUUCUUAGUUCCUUCCUUGAGUCAUCUUUUUGACUGAAGUCCUCCAGAGUUUGUGGGCCUCGCCAGAAGAUCCAUCUGGCUCAUCCUUUGUCAUCCUUUACCUUUUUUUUAGCUUCUUUUCAAAGAAGAGGCUACAAUUAAUUGUGAACUUAUUUGGCCAGGAAUCCUUGUCAGUGCAGCUUUGAGAAGUUCCCAUCAGCCUCAACAGGGACAUUUCCUCCACUAUAUGUGGACGUUGCCUUCUGCGAAACGUUAGCCACAAAAAUGGCUACUGAACUGAGGGCUGGGAGAGCCGCGUUUCUCUCGUUCCAGAAUGUUCUGGGACAUGGCGUGACCCCUACAAGGAAGACAGAGGAGGAAGCCCAAGUGAGGCCCCUAGAAGCUGAUGGGGAACGGAUGGUCCCUCGGGUCAUUCAGGUUGGGACCAUAGGAGAGUUUCUGGGCUGGAUGGCUCCCCAAGAGUUGACCCAAGGACCAGAGGAGGGUUUGGCCCAACGCUGGGAAGCCCAGUGGCAGGAAGUCUUGAAGGCAGUGCAACCCCUUCCAUCUGGGUAUGGGGCUCAACACCAGUCAAAAGCUUUUCCAUGGGACUCCUGUGAGUCUGUCACCGACACCAGCCAGUGGUCGAAUGGAGAAGGUGUUCCUCAAUUCCUGGUGGUCAACAAUGGAGAAUUUCCUCCUCGGGUCCUUUAUGGUCCAGAGGUUGGAGAAACCAGGCCGAUGAAGGACGUGGUUGUGGAAGAAGAGGCCCUCUUGGCCGAGGCUCAGCGCCAACGUUUUAGGCAGUUCGGUUACCAGGAGGCUGAAGGCCCCCAAGAGUUUUGCAAGAAGCUCCGGGAAUUUUGCUGUCAGUGGCUGAAGCCCGAGAAGCACUCCAAGGAGCAGAUCCUGGAGCUGGUGAUCCUGGAGCAGUUCCUGGCCGUCCUACCCCCGGAGAUGCAGGGCUGGAUCAGGGGACGUUGUCCUCAGGCUUGUUCCCAGGCAGUGGGUCUUGCAGAAGAAUUCCUCAGGAGUCAGCAGCAAGAGAUCAAGGUGCUGGAGCCAUGCGCGGCAGUGGUGAUGAUCUCCCCUGAGGCUGAAGAGUCUCUGACCGGCUCCGGACCCAACACCCACCUUUGUAGAGAAGCUGAACUGAAAGAUGGCCAGGAUCCCAACUCAGUGGCAGGUGAGCAGACCAUGAGUGGGAAUACCCUGGGGGCCUCUCAGCAAGGGGAUCCUGAACUUCCAAUAUUGUUUGGAUCAUUAAUGGCGCAAUCAGGAUCCCUCAACAGCGGAGAUGGGCUUAUGCAGAAGAACCAAAUGGAGCUGGUCCAGAAAGGGGAGGAAGCAAUGCUCUGUAGCGAAGGGGUCUACGAGACUGUGGUCCGCCUGGAGGAACAUGGGCACUGGUGUCUCGAAUGUGGUGAAAGCUUUCAAGACGCCUUGCAGCUUCUGAAUCACCAGAGCACUCAUUCGGGUCGGAAGCGUCCUGAGUGCCCAGAAUGCGGGAAAAGUUUCCGGGACCUUUCGCACGUUCUCCGGCACCAAACCGUCCACACAGGAGAGAAACCCUACGCGUGCUUCAAAUGUGGACAGAGUUUCACCCAGAAACCAGCUCUCAACAGACAUCUGAGAAAACACAUUGAAAGCCAGAACGACCCAGGUUUCAUCACAAAUAUUAAACCCCCAAGGACUGAUAUGGGGGGUCGUAAGCGUCCAGAGUGCUUGGCGUGUGGGAAGAGUUUCCGGGACGUUUCUCAGGUCCUUCGGCAUCAGACAGUCCAUACGGGAGAGAGGCCUUACAGCUGCCUUGAGUGCGGGCAAAGUUUCACCCAAAAACCGGCCCUCAAUAGACACAAGAGAAAACAUCUCAGAGGUGAACCCUAUGAAGGAGACCAGGAACGGCCCAGGAACCACGAAAAUAGCCGUGUGGACGUGGCAGCCCCUUCCCGGCCCUGGCCCCCCCAAACGUUCCCGGAGAACAGGGUGGGCCCCUUUGCCAGCAGUGUGGGAGAGUGGCCGUUGAUGAACCAGCAUCCCGAGGCUGCCUCUGGCGCGGUCCAGGAAGGCGAAACGGCAAGGAAAACCAUAAGCCGUCGGGGACAAAAGAAAUACUGGUGCUUUAUCUGCAUCAAAGGCUUCCGCGACAAGGCGGACUUGGUGAGGCAUGACCGGAUCCACACAGGGGAGAAACCUUACGCCUGCCUGGACUGCGGAAGGAAAUUCAGCUACACGUCCAGCUUGUACAAGCACCAGCUGAUCCACAGGAGACCAGGUAGUCCAGAAGGGAAACAGUUCAGAGGGAUGUCCUCAGACUACAGCACAGAUGACUUUUCAGCCAUGCAUACGGCCUCCUUCGGCUCCCUUGAUGGCAGCAGAGGGUGGAGGAACGGAGUGAAGCUGGAGGGGAGCGAGGGAAAGUCGCACAUGGGGCCUUAUCGGGCCAGAUCUCCAGGUCCCACCCCUGACCUGACCUGUCAGCUGGAUCAAAGGGAAGAUUGUUGGCUACCUGGCCCUCAGGUGGAACAGAAUCAGACACCAACUCAGUAUGAAUUUUGCUGUGGACCCAAUUUAGGACACCUCACUGAUAACAUGAUUGAUGAUGCACCAGGGGGAUGGCCGUUGUUGCUGUGGCUGGGUCAGUCACAAUGGAAUGAUGCCAGCAUGAGCCACCCCGGAAAGCCCACAAAGUGUCGACGGGGGAGCACGUGGAAAAGGGCGGAGACGAUUGCGCUGCUGGAAAUCUGGGGCGAGGCGAAGAUCCAGCAGGAGCUGCGGUUCAGCCACCGCAACAUAGACAUAUUUGAGAAAAUUGCAGAGGAAUUACGCGGGCACGGAUAUCAUCGCUCAGCCACAGAGUGCCGGACAAAGACAAAGACGCUUCGUCUGGAGUACAAGCGGGUUGUGGCCCACAACGCGAAAUCCGGAAAUGCCCCGGUGGUGUGCCCGUUCUACCCGCAAUUGCACCGCAUUCUCCAGGGGGAUGCCAGCAUGACGCCUAAACGGGUAGUACGCAGCAGUGCAGCAGAAGGGAUGGCCGUCGGACAGGGCCCAACGGCCUACACUGCCCCAUCUCCUGGGUCUAACUUAGCUCGUGAGGCAGAGCUGGGUGCCCCACGCCCUGCUGGCCUAGGAGACUACCUUGAACAGGCUCCCACUGAACUGGAGAGCAGCUUCUGCAAGAAGGAAACACGGAGGGAUGCGCCAGAGGGGUCGGAGGACGAGGAGGAGGACAUGGCUGCACAGCUGCAAGAUUUUGAUUGUGCACAGCAGGUGCCACCCAGCAGUGCUGGAGGACCACGGGCCAUCCCAGGGCUUGCCACGCUGUCUCCGGCAUCCAGGCUGGCCUUGCUGCGGAUGAAGAAACGGAGAGUACCCCACAUUGAGCGCAUGAUGGAGAGAGUGAUGAUGCACUCGGAACGAAACCAGCGGGAGCUUCUCCGGGAGUUGGCUGCUGAGCGUCAGUGUAUCACAGCAUUCAUCCAGGAGUUGCGAGAUGAUGCAAAGGGCCGUCUGCAAAUGCGCCAACAGAUUGCAGCAUUGUGUGAGGCAACCCAGAACUCCACGCGGGUUCUGGACCGGGUACUGAAUGGACUGGCAAAGUAGUCCUCUGUGCCCUCCCUGGUUCUGGAACAGCACUUCCCAUCUGUCAGCACUGUGGGUCUGCUCUGCUGGCCAAGCUGGUGACCCCAAGGAGCCACCGCCACAUUGCUCCAGAGACUCAUUCAUCAGUUUGACUAAGCCUAAGACUCCUGCGUUCAACACAGCACUCAACAAAGGUCACGAUUACCACAAGAACUGCUGCAAGUGGACUCUGGUGCAUCUGAAGACAAGGGGUGUGGAAGCCAAGGGGUAGAGUACACCACCUGCACCACCAGUGCCCGAAAGACCUCCAGUCCUUAAUAUGCCUCCAUUCAGCCUGCAUGAUCCGUGUUUUGCCACUACAGUGAUUGCUCUUGCCAGUUCAGGAUAACUGCCCCAUAACCACAUCAGCCCCACUCUACUAGAAACACCAAGGAGUCAAGAGGGAUGUGUUUCUUCAGUCAUCCAAGAAGCCUGCUUGUAGGUUAUCCUCUUUCACCACAGUGGAACAUCAAGAAUGAUGCUUGUCCAGUCCAGAAAGGAUACUGGAUUGGAUACCUGUGUGGUAUUCCCUGGGGGUCAUGCCAAACACGCUGACAAGGACCUAGGAACCAAGAGACACCAGCUCUGGCCAAAAAGCCCGUUCUCUCAGUGCAUCGAGCUUCUUGUUCCACCAUCAGUUGACGUGGAACUUAUCUGUUCCUGAGCUAAACUGUGGCUGUUGGUCAAGGAAUGGAUUUCAUAGGAACAUUAAGCCUUGGGUUCCUAUAGCCUUGACCCAUGACCUUUGUAUCUAACCCUCAGGAAUGGGGGUGGGAAAGUGCUUUGACUGUCUUAAUAAAGGCAGCUUCUGUGUCCGA